AUGUCUCCUUCAGCAGUUGAAUCCGCCCAACAGACGGUUGACGAGAUCAAGACCAAGGUCCUCCCCGUUCAGCAAAAGUCUACCGUCAUCGAGGCCAAUAUUCCCGAGACUGAAGGUCUUCCCAAGAGACUCGAGGAUCACAAGGAGGCCCUUAAGCUCAGCGGUGCUCUUGAGCAGUUCGAGAGCUUCGAGGUUACCCCCGCUCUAGGCCGCGAGUAUGUCAAUGUCGAUCUCUCGGAGUUGCUCCGUGCUCCCAACUCUGACGAGCUCCUGAGGGAUCUUGCCAUCACCAUUUCCCAACGCGGUGUCGUCUUCUUCCGCAAGCAGGAUAACCUCACCGAUGACCUCCAGAAGGAACUCGUUGACAGACUCGGCAAGCUCGCCGGCAAGCCCGCAACUUCGGGCCUUCACAUCCACCCCAUCAGCAACGCCAGCCGCGAGCACGGUGGUGGCGACAACGAGAUCAGCGUCAUCUCCUCUGAGCAAGCCAAGGCACUAUACAAGGACAGGUUCUCGUACAAGGGCGUCGGCGUCAGCACCGGCCGCCAGAGCGCCAAGGAUCAGUGGCACUCCGACAUCACCUUCGAGCCCAUCCCCAGCGACUAUGCUCUCCUGAGGCUGGUUCAGCUCCCCAAGACCGGCGGUGAUACCCUCUGGGCCUCCGGCUACGAGCUCUACGACCGCAUCUCGCCCACCCUGCGCUCCUUCCUCGACACCCUCACCGCCUACUACGCCCAGCCUCUGUUCAAUGAGGCGGCCAAGCGCAACGGCUUCAGCGUGUACAGCGGCGAGCGAGGUGCCCCCGAGAACGUCGGCGAGACUCUCGAGGCCAUCCACCCCGUCAUCCGCACCAACCCCGUCACCGGCUGGAGGUCAGUCUACGCCGUCGGCCACCACUGCCAGCGCAUCAACGGCCUGACCGAGGAGGAGAGCAAGUACUUCCUCAACUGGUUUACCCAGCUCAUUGUCGAGAACCACGACCUGCAGGUGCGCCUCAAGUGGCAGAACCCCAACGAUGUCGCCAUCUGGGACAACAGGAGCGUGUACCACGCUGCCACUCCCGACUAUGUCUUCGAGGAGGGUCUCGGCGAGCGCAAGGGUAACAGGGCGGUCAGCUUGGGCGAGAGGCCAUACUUUGAUUCUCAGAGCACCAGCAGGAGGGAAGCGCUCAAGAUCAAAUCGCACCUCGGAUUGUAA